CUCUCUCUCUCUCUCUCUCUCUCUACAUCUCUGCAAAGCCACUCUCUUUUCUUUUCUCUUCUUUUUUCUUCUGUGGUGGAGAAGAACCAUGUUUGAAGAAUCCAUGUCUAUACCGUCGAUCUGGGCUUCCAUGAACAGCUGGUUCACACCCGCUGUCCUCUUCCUCCUCCUCAACCUGAUGAUCGGUACCAUUUUUGUCACCUCUGGUCUGGGGACUCAAAGACCCCAUCGGCAGCCUCGGGACAGCUCCCAAGACCCACAGCCCCAGCUUCCCAGAUCUCCCUCUGUGUUGCAGAGGCUCAAGUCCAUUAACUUCCACAGCUACAGGUCUCAGGAACCCACCACCGUAACUCCCUCCAUCGCUGAAAAGCUACCUGAACAGGACACCCGUUUCGCUCUUCUGCACACCCACCAACCGGAACCAGAGCCAGAGCUGGAGCGGGAACCGGAAUCGGAGAGUCGUGAAGGGGAAAGCCCGAAAACCUUAGAUGAGAUUUACGGUCAGAUUCAGGGGCGGCCCUUUGAGAGGACCAAGUCGGAUCAGGAGCCGGCGUCCGGUGAAACUCCAGCGAGGCUGUCUAAGAAGAUGAAGAAGUCGGCGAGUGCGAAGUCGACGUUCGCGCAUUUUGAGGAGGGUGACAUUGUGGAGAGUCGCCGACCGGCGACUGUGAGGGAGGGGAAGGCUAAAGCGACGGUGGCGGAGGGUGACGAAGACGAUGAGGAGGUGGACGCGAAGGCCGACGACUUCAUCAACAAGUUCAAGCAGCAAUUGAAGUUGCAGAGGCUGGAUUCGAUCAUAAGGUACAAGGAGAUGAUCGGAAGAGGGACUGGAAAGUAAGGUAUUUUCCAUUUCGGAGGUGGUUUUUAAAUUUUUGAUAGUUUUGGGCCAUGUUUAGAUUCCGGGUUUAUUUCUAUUACCGUCCACAGUCUUCAACUUUUGUUCAAAUAUGCCCUAUAAUACGUAAGGGCAUUUUGGUCAGUGUACUCAUGCACAUGAAAGGGAGGAGACGUAUUACUGAAAUGCCCACCGCUUGUUGCAUAGAUGGCAUAUAAAGCGUGGGCAAUUUCAACAUAUCGUCAUAUUUUCAUUCAUUUUUAUGUCCAAAAUAUUAACUUUUUUCCAA